AUGAAGUCUACAGUACACACAGGUAGAGACGCCACCAUCACCAAAGCCAAUGACGACCCCUUCCUUGUCGAGUUUAGGCAGCCCUUCGACAGCGAAAACCCCAAGGACUGGCCAGCGCGCCGCAAGUGGGUAGUGACCGACUCGCUCUCCGCAUCGGGCUUCAACCGCAUCAUGGUAUCGACCAUUAUGGCACCGGCGCUCACCACGAUCCAGAAGGAGCUGGACAUGACGGCAGCUGAGUCGGCCAUGGCACUAUCUGUGUAUCUGCUGGCAACGGCAUUUGGCCCACUGAUCAUCGGUCCGUUGUCAGAGGUUUACGGGCGCAAGCGGGUCUUGCAUGCCUCCAACGGGUGGUUCAUUCUUUGGAACAUUGUGUGUGGGUUUGCCAAUACGAAGGGGUUGCUGAUCAGUGCGCGGUUCAUGGCGGGAUUUGGGGCGAGCGCCAUCUAUGCGCUUGGUGGCGGUGUGCUGGGAGAUAUUUGGACAACUGAGGAAAGGGGAAGAGGGUUGAGGAUUUACCUGACUAUUUCUGUCCUCGGUUCUGCGGUUGGUCCUAUCGUGGGUGGUUACAUGGCGGGAAGAGCCAGCUGGAGAUGGAUGUUCUGGGCGACAUCCAUCUUCCAAGUCCUCAUGACAGCCGUUACAUGGACCACGGUCCGGGAGACUUUCGCUCCCGUGAUCCUGCAGAGGCGCGCCGAGAAGCUCCGUCGAGAUACGGGCAACACCGACUACCGCACGGCAUACGAGCGCCUGGACGACAAGAAGCCAUUGGCCCAGGUGCUCAGACAGGCUCUCACCCGCCCGUUGCGGCUCCUGGCCUUCCAUCCAAGCCUCCAGAUGAUCGGGGCGAUGCAGGCAUACAACUAUGGCCUCCUCUAUGUGGUGCUCUCGCGUUUCGCCACCGUGUGGGUCGAGCAGUACAGCGAGACUGUCGAGACCAGCGGCCUGCACUAUAUCUCGUGUGCGUUGGGGGAGAUAGUCGGGUCGCAGGUCGGCGGACCUCUUAUGGACAGGUUCUUCCUGCGGAUGCUGAAGCGGGGCGCCAACGACGGCGGCGGCGCUGGCGAGCAGCAGCGCGAGCACAUUCCUGAGUUCCGCCUGCCACUGAUGCUGCCAGGAGCCCUCGUUGCGCCUGCGGGCCUUCUCCUCUACGGUUGGACGGCGCAGUACCGCGUGCAGUGGGCGGCCGUGGACCUGGGCGCGUUCGUGUACAUGUUUGGGAGCCAACUGUUGGGACUUCCCAUGCAGGCGUACAUAAUCGAUGCGUGGCCUGAGCACACGGGCAGCGCGCUGGCGGCGACGCAGUUCCUCAGAAGCAUGACGGCGUUUGCGUUUCCGCUGUUCGCGCCGAGUAUGUACGCGGGGCUGGGGUAUGGGUGGGGGAACAGUGUGCUUUCCCUGGUGGGAGUGGUCCUGGGGGUGAUGUGCCCAUUGUUAUUGUGGAGAUUUGGGAAGAGGAUGAGGAUGAGGGCUGGUGCGAGUUAUUGA